UAGAAGGAAGAAGGGAGAGAAAGGAAAAGAAAAGAGAGCAAGAGAAAACAAAAGCAUCAAUGGACAGGAGCAACAGCAUCAGCAACCGGUUGAAGCACCGAAUAGCUCAAAUGCUUCUCAGCUCCUCCUGCAGCACCACCAAUAUAAUGAACAUCUCUGAUAAGAUCUCUCAGGAGCCUGACUUCCCCAUGAGCGACCUCCAUGUCCACCGCCGAGGUAAGCUCGACCAUCCUCCACAUCUCAUGGCCCCCGUCGUGCAGGUCUCCAUCGAUUGCAGCGGACGCAGGUCUUUUCACGACACCACCAGUCCAAACCUUCCCUCGACUCCAGAGGAGGAAAAGAGGAUUCAGAAGAAGGAGAAGAGAGCUGCAGAAUCUGGAGUUGUUUAUGAAACUGGAGUAGGGGAGGGGAGGAAGUGCCCUCCAGCUUCUCCUUCUCCUCCCUCCAAUGAUUACUACUACUCCCACUCCAAAGAGAGGAAGAAGGCAAUGGCUGCGAAGAAGGACAAGUUCGUAAGGGAGAAGCAGCAGAAGAAGAAGCCGCUGUCCGAUGGUUAUGGAUUUAGCGGCUCCUCUUCGAUCGGCUCCAACGAUGGAUUCGGCUUCUUCAGCAGCGAAGAAGGGGAGGAGGAAGAAGAAGAGGAAGAAGAGACGUGGACUCUCUUCUCAUCGAAGAGCUUCUCUUCGGACUCGUCGGAGUUCUACCACCGACGUCCCUCAUCCAAGAAGACGACCGAACGCAAGAAGUCCUCCCGGCGACCGCCGAGAAGAGGCGCAAGGUGCUUUGAGGAUAGUUGGGAUGAAGGCAGCAAGUUUCAGCCUUUAAUCCCCAUCUCUUCAAGGGAGAAGAAAAAGAAGGCACCGAAGGUGGCGGAGGCUCGGACUGGGUUUGCGGUGGUGAAGCAGUCGAGCAAUCCAUACGAGGAUUUCCGGAGUUCGAUGGUGGAGAUGAUGAUAGAAAGGCAAAUGAAGGAACCUGAGGACUUGGAGCAGCUGCUCCACUCCUACCUCUCCUUGAAUUCACCUUGCCAUCAUCCGGUCAUCCUCGAGGCUUUCGCCGAUAUAUGGGAAGCCAUCUUCCGCGAAUUAUGAUCCCUUACAUUUGCCAUGUAGCCACAGUGUUUUAAUUUGUUGUUGUCCUAGUGGCGUUGCUUUCGAACUGAAGUUUUUUUUGUUGGAAAUAUUGUUUCACGUUGUAGUGUUUUGAUCUGAAAUAUAUUCGCCAGGUUCAGUUCCUGUGUUCUUAUA